UGUCACUUCCAACCAAUGGUGACGGAAGGAGGACGAUUGGUCUCUUUGGGAACCGUGAGGCUCUGACACGGAUUUGAUGGAUCACCUUUAGUGCGCGCGUCGCGUCCUUAAAGCGCACAUUGUCCGAUUUUUUUUUUUUUUUUUUUUUUACUCCCUCUCCGGAUAACGUUCCUAAAAAAAACCUACUUUGGAGAUACUUCUUCGUCGUCUUCUCUUACACGUUAAGAGCAGCCCGGUGAGACAGCACAGAGGAGCAGUGUAACGUGAAGGGAGAACGUUUCUCCCACCGAUUUGUUUACGGAGAGAGCCCAGGAUGCUCCGUGCGCACUCGCGUCACGCUGCGCACCGGUCUUCAUACGCCUGGAUAACUGAAUUCUAGAUUUUGGAAGUACUGCAUUGAAGUUUGCGAGUUGAACCCUGAUCCCUUUGUCGUUGUGAUCAUGCCUGUGAACGCUAUGCAGAGAGCAGCGGGAGGUUCUCUGAGUCCGGCGGCGUUGUCCCGCAGCCUUUCCCGGCUCAGGGAGCUCCGAACACGGACUCGCCUCAUGCUGUCGCUCGGUGUGGCGCAAAUGGUGCUCGGGAGUCUCAUUUUGGCUGUGAGCUUCGCCGCUUUGGCUCUUACUACCUCUCCCAGAGUCAGGCAUUCCUGUCCUUUCUGGGCCGGCUUCUCGGUGCUGCUUUCAGGUCUGAUCGGAGUCGUGUCAUGGAAAAGACCCCUCUCUCUGGUGAUCACCUUCUUCAUGCUGCUGUCUGCAGUCUGCGUGAUGUUGAACCUGGCGGGCGCCAUCUUGUCCUGUCAGAACGCUCAGCUCGUCAACUCUCUGGAGGAUUGUCAACUGAUAAAGUUUGACAGUGACGGCGUGUGUGUUUGCUGUACGCUUCAACACCAGAGCUCCAGCUGCAACAAUUUGGGAGAGACGCUCAAACUCAACCCGCUGAGGGACUGCAAUACCAUACGCCUGCGUCUGAAGGAGCUGUUGUUUAGUGUAUGUGCAUUAAAUGUCAUCUCCACCAUCGUGUGUGCGCUUGCCACCGCCAUGUGCUGCAUGCAGAUGGUCUCUACUGAUAUACUGCAGAUGUUCAUGCCUCACAGGGCACGAGCUCUGAGCGCCGACUGCAUGACCCCUCACGGCACCAUUCUACACCAGACGCUGGACUUCGACGAGUUCAUCCCGCCUAUACCGCCUCCACCGUACUACCCUCCAGAGUACACCUGCACCCCCGUGCUGGAUGGACAGAGAGGUCUGCAUCUGGACUUCCCUCAUUCCCCUUUCAGCGCCAUAUACGGAGUUCCCAUCAACAGCCCGGGAAUCGUGUAUCCGUCCGAGCUUCCUCCUCCGUACGAGUCGGUGGUGGGUCAAAACCCCGUCAGCCAGCCUACCACUAUUUUAGAGCAGCAGAUGACCAGCGUGUGUGUGUCCAGCGUGUGUGAAAGGAACAGAACCGCCGGCCUCAGCAAUCAGGCAUCAGUGGACAGCACGUCCCUGAUGGUGUCCGAAUCAGCAGACGUCCCUGACCAGAGCUGUUCCUCAGAUGAUCUGUGCUCUCUGGAGGUCCAGGGCUCUGAACUAUCAACGUACACGACACUCUGUACCUGCACGAGCCCAGAACACAGCCACAGCACUCACUCUCACUCUCGCUCUCACACUAACCUGGACCACAGCGAGUCCUCCGUCCUGCACGACUCCAUGACCCAUUCGCUGGAGAACGUAGUUGCUCCUGACAAGGACGAGAGCUACGUCACCACCCAGCCUUCGAUCGAGUCAAGACCACAAGUCAGUAUGAAGCUAACACUUCCUGAUCCUCCUCCAGUACCCGAAGUCCAGCCUUGUGCCUCUGACUCUGCUGCAUUACCUUCUCCUACGGGGCGACUGCGUGGCGCUCGGUUAUGCUUCAGCGUCUGGUCACCUUCUUCCACCUCGGUGCCACAUCCCUCCUCUACCUCAGUGCGCACGCUCAGAGCCAGGCGCUACCGCAAGCUAGCAAGGAUCGUCCGGUCCACCAGCGACCCGGUUUCCUGUAACUCUGUACACAGACCUGAGAGCUGUGGCUGUACUUCUGCAGCAUUCAUGGAGCUUUCGAACGGUACGGCAUCCCAGUGCGGCAAACACAACAGUCGCGGAGUGAAGAAGCAGAAGGAUUGUGGUAAAGCAGAGCUACGUCUGAAAGGCCGCCCGCUGCACCCGGCCUCCGGCGAGCGCCCUCACUCGCUAGCCGAUCUCCAAACCUACAAAGACACUAAGAUCCUGGUGGCACGAUUCCUGGAGCACUCCAGCUGCAGCCUGCCUCCUGAAGUCCAGCAGGUUGUAAACAGCAUCAAAUGCGUCAUCAAGUCGGAUGAGAAGCACAUGGAAGAGGCCAUGUUCAGCGCCAGUAUUCUUGAUCAGGUGAUGUCACACUCACAGCCAAUCACAAGCAGCCUCAGAAAACACACUCAUGACGAUCUGCAUCUACAGAGCUGUGGGGCGCUGAGUUCCCCGUCCUUGCGACGCUGUAACAAACCUCGGCUAUCGGGCCAGACGGAUGCUCGUGGUGACCCGGGUCACGACCUUCCUCAACGACCCAAAAGCCUCAUCAGUGUGUGCAGAGAAACCAUCCUCUGACCUCUGACCUCUCUCUGUGGACCACAGGACCUCUCCCACUCAUGAACUAUCUUGCCAAGGCUCAUCAGCAGGAACAGUAGCACUCAGAAUGCAUUAAAUAAUCAAAGAAAAAAACAACAACAACAAAGUCAACAAAGAAUGUCCGUUUUCAGGGGUGUUUACUUUUAAUUGAUUUUGUCUGAGUUAAACAUGUUCUGGAUCUGUAAUGGAUAAAAAAAAAGAAAGAAUGCUACGUUUUGGAAGGAAAGUACUGAUGAAUCUGACUCUUAGCAAAACUGUGAGUCUGAUGAAGACAGGAUUUUGUUGUUUUUAUGUGAGACUGCAGGAAAAAAA